AUGGCGAGACGACUUCAUUAUAACGGUCAAACCUGGUCACACCUUCGGCCUACUAUGCCUCGAAUCGUCGAUAUGGUCAAUCUUCUGCAUAAAACACAUUCUACAAGUUGUAACGGGAUGCCACAACUGGGUAUACUAAAUGUACGAGUCCAUUACUGUUACAACGCAUACCAACCAACGGGGUGUCGAAGUAGUGAGAGUGCGGACAACCCUGGGCCAGGAUCCCGAGAUGUCGAGUCUGCGAAUACAGCACCUGUCAUCAUUCAACAGGCCGUCUGCGUUGCCGGAGGGUCAACUGAUGCUUCCAAUACUACUCUUACGCCACAUGGGGUCGAUGCCUUGCGCGGUGGAAAAUCGGAACGACAAACCGUGCGCGGUCAUGCCGCCAUCCUUAAGUCGCAGGUGAUAUUUAUUUCUCUACUGGUCCAAAGCGGGCGACUUGGUGACGCAAACUUUUCAUUCCCAGGCAGUCCUCAUAAUUGUGUAGUAUCCGAUGUGUUUCUCCAAACACUCACUACGAAUAUCAUUACGUUCAUUCAAAUUGGCGCGGAUGCGAAGCCAUUAAGUGUGCUACUCAUUGAUGGCGGGGUGCGCGUUCCAUAUAAACGCCAUAACCCUUACCCAAAUCUACCCUUGGACUCGCCUACCCGCUGCCAUGCCCUGAGAAAAUAUCUGGUCAAUUCAUUUAUCCCGCUUGCUAAAGUUACAGAUAUCGGUUGCUGUCAUUCUGCAACCCUCCAGGAUUCCAGCCUAGUCACUGAUUACGCCCCUGAGACUUGA